CGCGCGCCAUGGCCUUCGCCACCCGCCGCUUCGUGCGCGCCGCCUCCGCCGCCGCCGCCACGGCGGCCGCCAAGAAGCUGGUGGUCAAGCACGUCACCGUCAUCGGCGGCGGCCUCAUGGGCGCCGGCAUCGCCCAGGUUGCAGCAGCCACAGGACACACUGUGGUGUUAGUAGACCAGUCGGAAGAAAUCCUUAAAAAGUCUACAAAAGGAAUUGAAGAAAGCUUGAAAAGAGUGACAAAGAAGAAGUUUGCAGAUAAGCCUGAGGCUGGUGCUGAGUUCAUUGAGAAGACCUUGAAGAACCUGACAACAAGCACGGAUGCAGUAGCAGUGGUCCACAGUACAGAUCUGGUGAUAGAAGCCAUUGUGGAGAACCAGGAAGUUAAAAACGAGCUCUUCAAGACACUGGAUAAGUUUGCUCCAGAGCAUACAAUAUUUGCAAGCAACACUUCAUCCUUGCAAAUCACCCAGUUGGCUAACUCAACCACCAGGCAGGAUCGAUUUGGUGGUCUCCAUUUCUUCAAUCCUGUGCCUAUGAUGAAGCUUGUGGAGGUUAUCAAGACACCAAUGACCAGCCAGAAGACUUUUGAAUCGCUUAUGGAUUUCAGCAAAGCAGUAGGAAAGAGUCCUGUCAGUUGUAAGGAUACUCCAGGAUUUAUUGUUAACCGUCUCUUGGUGCCAUACAUGCUUGAAGCUGUUCGACUCUUUGAGAGAGGAGAUGCAUCAAAGGAAGAUAUUGAUGUUGCUAUGAAGCUUGGGGCUGGCUAUCCCAUGGGUCCAUUUGAGCUGCUGGACUAUGUUGGACUGGAUACUAGUAAAUACAUUAUAGAUGGAUGGCAUGCAUUAGAGCCCAACAAUCCUCUUUUUGCCCCCAGCCCUCUGCUGAAUAAACUGGUAGAAGAGAAGAAGCUGGGUAAGAAGACUGGAGAAGGAUUUUACAAAUACAAAUGAACCCCCAAAUUUGGGAGCUCUUAAGCCAUCUGUGUAUGCUAUUCAGCAUUCCCAUACCACAGGUGAAUUCUGUUUGUGCCCUCCCAAGGAUGGCAUGAGCUGCAUUUAGAGCAUAACCCAUGUCUGAACUUGAGUGAUUGCACUACUUCACAGUUUCUAUGCCAAAAGCUUGAUUUGGUAGAUUAAUUUGUCUUGUAAUUUUGAAAAGCUUUACAUAUAUGGUGCCUUCAUGCAAAUGUUGAUUUUUUUUUUUUUUUUUUCUCUGCCCUCCCAAGUGCAGGACAAACUGCCAAGUGAAUUUCUGUAUCUGAACAUGUUGUUAUAUUAACAGGGGAAAAAUCCAAACAAAAAUACAUUUUCAUGAAAAUAAAUUUUUCAACAAUUGAAUACUGAAUGCCAUGACUUCAAUUGAUGUACUUGAUUGUAGUCCACUGGGUGGCAGUCUGUUUCUGCAGUGGCAAAUGCAGAGGUGGAAAGGCAGUGUGUUGUUCUGUUAGGAUUUUUCUUAAACACAAUGUUAAUAUGUASGUGUAAAUUACAGUGUCUUGAACAAGCUUAUGCUUUUGAGUGUAAUAUUAAGAACAAAAGAACUGCAGAGGCAGGCUCUACCCGCUCUACCUGCACAGAAUGCAGGUAGGCAGGUACCUGCACAGAAUGGUCCCAAUACUGCCUUUAAAAGAAAACUCUAUUUGGAUUUCCCGGCUUUUUCAAUUGCAGAUCAAGGGCCACCUUUUGCUAAUUGCUGUAGAAACAUUAUGAAGGUGAUUCCUAAUUUGGCAAAUUUAGUACUUAGAUUUGUUUUUAAUAACUAGGAUAGGAAGCUUGUAAAGGCUUCCAUAUACUUUUUCGAAUCCUAUAAAGUGGCCUUAUU